UGCUUUUGCUUCAUUUGACAACAGCCUUGGAUAAUACUGUGUGGAUGCAUUUUUUGGAUAGGUCCUACCCAAUUGGAAUAAAUUUGAAUUUUGCAUUACAGCUCCAAGGGGCUAAGAUCACUCUAGGCCCUGCUAGUUGAAUCCUGCCCCUGAGACUCCUCCUUUGCUACACUGCCCUGCUAGCAGACUCAUGCUCUGUCUCAGCUGCCCUGCACCUGUGAGGCUUUUCCUCUUUGUGCCUGCCUGGAAGAGUUGACAUACCUCAAAUGAUGAUUGUGACCAGCUGUGUCAGCAUGUUUUCAGAAGUCAUCUCUAAUCUAAGCCAACAAGGACUCACAAAAUGCCCAAUAUCUGAAGAAAGGAUUAGAACAGAAGAGCAGGAAAGACUCAGUUCCACGGCAAGAAGAAACGCAGUUCAGCCUGCCCGCUGCUCAGGCUGGACAGCACCAUCAUGUGGGACGUGCUCACAUAGCAGCCGAUGGAAAAACUAAAUCAGGAUGGCCCAAAUUCUCUUAGAGUGUUACAAUCGUUCGAUGUUAGUAUUGGAGAGCCAGAGGCGUUCAGAUGGGAUGAGGACAAUGAGCUCUCACAUUGUAUCCUCCCUCUCCGUGUGUGUAUUUUUAAUGAAUUUUCAGAGAUAUGUAUAAUCUUUCAAAGGAGCCUAUACAAUCUGCUUACCUUCUAGCUCUGAAACACUCAGGCCCACCUCACCGAGAGUGCACAUCAGCUUAGAUGGUCCUUUUUCCUUAUUUAAAAAGGAAAGCUGUCCAAAGCUCUUUCUUAUCUAGCUAUCUUCUUGCAUACUUUACAUAUAAAAAUUGUGACCCAUUUUGUAAAUGGGUUCUGUGACUAUUCUAAUUUGAAACCAACAUUUAUGCUGCUGUAUAGAAGAGAUAGGAUAGGAGGGCAGCUGUUGUAGAAAUUAGUUGAAGGACAAUAUAAACCAUCUCAUAUAUAUUCCAGUCACAAUGUCUUAAUUCACCAUUUCAUAAUUAUGCACUGAGACAAACAUGGUUUGGAAAUUUUGAGUGAGUUCCUCUGAGUAUCCUAAUCUCUAGGUCACAUGAACGGAGGAAACACUGAGAAGGCUGACAGAAGUCACAUUCCAUGUUUAAUAAAGUAACUCACAAAUAAAAACAUCCCUUUCCUUUCAACAGAUUUCAAGCAUAUUUUACCUAUAAAAACAGUUAAAAUUCUUGAAAAGGGUGUCCCAGUAAUCAGUUUCCCCUCCACUGAAAGGAGGAGGUACAGAGGUAGUUGCAGCAGUACAGAGAGCAGGGCCCUGGUGCUGAAGCUGGUGUCAGUGCCUGUUGCAUGUAUUUGCAUUUGUUAAUACAAAUUGCCCCUGUUUAAGGGCUGCAGAUGGACAGAGCAGGCAGUGGGACUGGUGGUGCUUCCCUCUGGGAUGCACAGGGCCUCCCAGCCAGAGAGCAGAUAGAAAAUUACAGACUGCUUUUCCUGCUCUACAGUGUCCCCAGUACCCUAUCGCCCUGCCCUCCAUCCUCCUGUGGCCAAUUGAUUGUCAGGGCUCAGGAAACAGGGAAGGCCUGCAGAGGAAGAGAAAGAAAGCCUGCAGAGCUUCCAGAAACUUCUCUGGAAGCAUAACCAGGCCCACAGCCAUUCACAAAGCCUAGAUGAAAGUUGGUUUUUACACAGGAAUAUGGUAACAUCCAGGUGUUCCCUUCAGGAAGCACACACACACCAAACUUUUGAAUAUAUAUUGAGGAGAAGCCUUUUGUACCUCACCUCUUCCAAAAAAGAAUAAUAGUAUAGGAGUCCCAAUAGAAAUGGAGAAUCCUGAAGUGACUGUGAGCAGCUGCAGUGCACAUGACGAUGAAAACCUUUGCAGCUACAAACGACACUCAUCAGUAUCACAGGAGGCACUUUUGGAAGACCAGCUUAGAAGGAAGUUAAAAUUUUUCUUCAUGAAUCCGUGUGAGAAAUUUUGGGCCCGGGGCAGAAAGCCUUGGAAACUUGGGAUUCAGUUACUCAAAAUAGUGAUGGUUACAGUUCAGCUGGUGGUUUUUGGAUUGAGCAACCAAAUGGUGGUUGCCUUCAAAGAAGAGAACACUAUUGCAUUCAAACACCUGUUCUUGAAAGGAUAUAUGGACAGAAUGGAUGAUACCUAUGCUGUAUACACGCAAACAGAUGUCUAUGACCAGAUAUUCUUUGCAAUAAACCAGUACCUCCAGCUGCCCAACAUCUCUGUUGGAAAUCAUGCUUAUGAGAAGAGAGGAGCAGAAGACACACCUCUGGCUGUUUGUCAGCAGUUCUACAAGCGAGGGAUCAUCUGUCCUGGAAACGACACCUUUGAUAUAGACCCAGAGAUUGUGACUGACUGCUUGUACAUUGAGCCAACGACUUCACUAGACAACACAACGAUGGGAAAGCACAAUUUGAAUUUCACUCUGGAUUUCCCCAGGCUGGUGGCAGUGCAGCUCAUGUUCAAUCUGAAGGCAAUCAACCUCCAGACCGUUCGUCACCACGAGCUCCCCGACUGUUACGAUUUCACUCUGCGGAUCGUGUUUGAUAAUAAAGCACACAGUGGAAGAAUUAAAAUAAGUCUAGACAAUGACAUAGCAAUCAGGGAAUGUAAAGACUGGCAUGUUUCUGGAUCAAUACAGAAGAACACUCAUUACAUGAUGAUCUUCGAUGCUUUUGUCAUAUUGACUUGUCUGACUUCAUUGAUCCUUUGCACACGAUCAGUGAUUAAAGGAAUUUGGCUCCAAAGGGAAUUUGUAAGUUUUUUCCUGUAUUAUUAUAAGAAAGAAGUAUCUUUCAGUGAUCAAAUGGAAUUUGUCAAUGGAUGGUACAUCCUGAUUAUAGUUAGUGAUGUCCUAACUAUUGUUGGAUCAACUCUAAAGAUGGAGAUACAAGCUAAGAGUCUGACAAGUUAUGAUGUCUGCAGCAUACUCUUAGGAAUAUCUACUAUGCUUGUGUGGCUUGGAGUCAUUCGCUACCUAGGUUUCUUUCAGAAGUAUAAUCUUCUCAUCCUAACGCUGCGAGCAGCAUUACCCAAUGUAAUGAGGUUCUGCUGCUGCGCUGCUAUGAUCUACCUGGGCUACUGUUUCUGUGGAUGGAUUGUACUGGGACCAUACCACGUGAAGUUUCGCACUCUGAACAUGGUUUCCGAAUGCCUUUUUUCACUGAUCAAUGGAGAUGACAUGUUUGCCACCUUUGCAAAAAUGCAGCAGAAAAGUUACUUGGUUUGGUUAUUCAGUAGGAUCUACCUCUACUCCUUCAUCAGUCUGUUCAUCUAUAUGGUGCUGAGUCUCUUCAUUGCCCUCAUUACAGAUACAUAUGAAACAGUCAAGCACUACCAGCAAGAUGGCUUUCCAGAGACAGAACUUCAGAGAUUUAUAUCACAGUGCAAAGACUCACCAAACUCUGGGAGGUACAGGUUAGAGGAGGAAAGUUCUGCAUCUCUCUUCUGUUGUUGUAAUGGUUGUAGUGGACAUAUUUAAUGGAUUGUGGGAGUGUAUCAUGAAGGCUUUAAAGCAGCACAGAUUGCAAGAACUUGACAAUGGAUCUGGUGGAAAACCUUAUUUCUGAAGACUUAAUUUUCUUUUCUCAAAAAACAGCGUAGGCCUGUGGCAGAAGUUUGUGCUAAACUUACAGACCUUUUGUUUAGACAUUCACUGCUAGUUCAGGGGGUUUGUGGAUUUUAAUAGUUUUAUUCUGUUUGAUUCCUUAGUUAAAUUGUGCUAGAAUGCAAAGGGCAUUCAACCUGUCUGCUUUCAGAGACUUGGCUAGAUUAAGAGUAGAGUUUAAAUGCAGUAACUUCAACUCUAAGUAGAACUAGUGCCAGACAACUUCAGCUUUGAACAGCAACCUAGCCCUCAGUAGUGCUGGCAUUAUCUCUCUCUGGCUGAUCUGUUACUGAAGGAAUGAAAGCACACUAGAGCCCCCAGCAUUUUUUGGUUCUUUGCACUCACAGUAAAAAAAAAAUACUAUGAAAUUUAGUGUAAUUUGUUUCUGGAGUCAUUGCACUGAGUUGAUACACAAACCACUCAAAUAUAGCUGAAAGCAUAAAAUAAAUAUUUCUUUAAACACAAGUACCACUGGAUGUAAGUGGCAAUCUAUUCUCAGAGAGGCUGGGAUGUGCCAGGCUGAACUGAAGUUUCAGGGAUGAGCUGAGUGGAGAAAUGUUCUCAUGUAUCAAGCACUGGGCAGAGUCAGUUACAGUCUUCAGCUUAACAGUGUUUGGAUCUUACAUUUUCAAAGGGAAAAUCAGACAAAAACCCUUUCAAAAUACCUAUUUUUAAAAAAUUUGAAAUCUUCCUCCGGCACAUAAUCUGUAAACCUGAAGUCUAAACUGAGUUAAAGACACAGGAGAUAUGUCUCUGAGAGUCUAACCUCCACACUUUAGAAACUGGAUAUUUCCUAGCAACCUAAUAACCUGCUACUGUCAGUGGCUGGAUGAAACAUUAGCUCUUACAGAAGUUCAGUUUUGACAACUUAGUUUAUAUUCUUUGUUGAUUGUGAUACUAUUUAAUGGAUGCCUUAUUUUCUAUAGUCUAUUCACUCUGGGAGCAGAAUAGAAAACUAAAGGGAAGCAUAUUUUAGAGAACUUGCAUUUGUGAGCAGCAUUGCUGUAGCUGUGCGUGACAAUGUAUAAUGCUGUAGAGGACACUAAACAUGUUCUGUCUGAAUGCUUACACAUUGUAAAUGUGCUACAAUAAACACUUACAGCUGCA